CUGAAGCGUUCUUAUGCUGCCGACAGUGCUGCUCCUAACUUGUCGAGCAAGGUCUAUAUCCGAUCCACUAAGAGUGGCAAGGUUCAGAAAAUUGUUCGCGAGCUAUACUUGCGCGAAGAUAUUCCUUGCUCCUCGAGGCUAUGUGCUCGCUGUCUCGAGAUUGCUCCUACCGACUACCAUAACAAGGUUGCUCCGUUUGUGCUUUCUGACACUCCUGCUGGAACAAAGUCCUUCCCCAAUGGCCACUACAUAAUCCCCGACACAAAUGCUUUCCUUUCCGGAAUGGAUCUUUUCGAACUGGAAACCGCCUUUCACGAUGUCAUUGUCUUGCAAACCGUUCUGGAGGAAGUCAAGAACCGCUCUCUUCCGCUCUACCACCGCCUCAUCAGCUUGACCAAAAACGACGGCAAGCGCUUUUACGUCUUUUUCAACGACUUCAGACUGCAGACCUAUGUCGUUCGUGAGGACAAGGAGACGAUCAACGACAGAAACGAUCGCGCUGUUCGUCGCGCUGUCAAAUGGUAUGCCGAUCAUCUCGAGGAAGCUGUCAGCAAGCGUAAAUCCGUUAGAUGCCCCUCAGUCAUCAUGAUCAGCGACGACCGUGACAACCUCCGUAAGGCCAAGAACGAUGGUAUCACUGGUCUCUCACUGCGCGAUUAUGUUUCUGGACUCGAUGAUUCGGAACGUUUGCUGGAUAUGGUCAGUGCUGGGCAGGAACAGAGAGUGGGCAAACAGACAAAGGGCGAGCUGCUUUACCCGGAUUACCUUUCUGUCUCAAAGAUGAUCACUGGUGUCAAGGCUGGAACUAUGCACCAAGGAACCUUCAACGUGUCACCCUAUAAUUAUCUGGAAGGAUCAGUCUUCGUUCCCGCAUUCGACAAACCAUUGCUCAUCAUCGGAAGAGAAAACAGCAACAGAGCAAUCUCUGGAGACAUUGUGGUUGUCGAAGUUCUACCCAAAGAACAAUGGAAGGCUCCUUCAUCCAAAAUUCUGGAAGAGGAAGUUGUAAACAAAAACGACAAUGCUGAUGCAGAUGAGGGUGAGGCUGUCAUUACACAGCAGGAGAAGCGCGCAUUGCAAGAAGAGGUCAAGAAGACGCACGGAAAGAGCGCUGAGGGAAGGCCGCAACCUACUGCUCGCGUUGUGGGCAUUAUCAAGCGCAACUGGCGACAGUACGUUGGUCAUGUCGACAAAGACUCUGUGAAAUCUUCAACAAAGCAGAGUCGUGCACAGCAAACCGUCUUCUUGAUUCCCAUGGACAAGCGCAUUCCAAAGGUUCGUAUUCGAACUCGCCAAGCUGGAGAUCUACUUGGCAAGCGCCUGCUUGUUACCAUCGAUGCUUGGGACAGAGAGUCAAGAUAUCCUGUUGGUCACUUUGUUCGUUCUCUUGGAGAACUUGAGACCAAAGGCGCCGAGACUGAAGCUCUACUGCUGGAGUGGGAUGUACAGUACCGACCAUUCCCUAAGACCGUUCUGGACUGCUUACCUGCCGAGGGUCACGACUGGAAGGUUCCCGAGAACAUGUCUGAUUCUGGCUGGAACAAGAGAAGAGACUUGCGUGAUCUGUUGAUCUGCAGUAUCGAUCCCCCUGGUUGUGUUGAUAUCGAUGAUGCUCUACAUGCCAGAACGCUACCGAACGGCAAUAUCGAAGUUGGUGUACACAUUGCUGAUGUUUCCAACUUUGUCAAGCCGAACAAUGCUAUGGACCAAGAAGCAAGUUUGCGAGGUACCACGGUUUACCUGGUCGACAAGCGUAUUGACAUGUUGCCCAUGCUGCUUGGUACCGACCUCUGUUCUCUAAAGCCCUACGUCGAGCGCUUUGCCUUCUCAGUCAUCUGGGAGCUCACACCCGACGCUGACAUUGUGCGCGCCGAUUACACCAAGUCGGUUAUCAAGUCAAGGGAAGCUUUUACCUACGAGCAAGCUCAGAUUCGUGUGGACGACCAAUCUCAACAAGAUGACCUCACCAAUGGCAUCAGGAUGCUCAUGAUGCUUUCNAAAAAGCUAAAGAAGAAGCGUAUGGACGCUGGUGCCUUGAACCUGGCCAGUCCUGAGGUGCGUGUUCAGACCGAGUCGGAGACCGCCGAUCCUGCCGACGUGCAGACCAAGCAACAUCUGGACACCAUGUCGUUGGUCGAAGAAUUCAUGCUUCUCGCCAACACCAGCGUCGCCGCUCGCACCCAGGCAUACCCCGAGUUCCGCCAUUACGGUCUUGCAAGCGAGAUCUACACUCACUUCACAUCGCCCAUCCGUCGCUAUGCCGAUCUGGAAGCGCAUCGUCAACUCGCCGCCGCCAUCAACUAUGAGCCUCUGGACGCCAGUCUGCUCUCCAAAGCCAAACUCGAAGGCGUGUGUAAGAACAUCAACGUGCGCCAUCGCAAUGCCCAGCAAGCCGGCCGUGCCAGCGUCGAGUACUACGUCGGCCAAGCACUCAAGGGUCGCGUGGUCGACGAGGACGGCUUCGUCAUGCGCGUCUUCUCCAACGGUAUCGUGGUCUUUGUCCCUAGAUUUGGCAUCGAGGGUUUGAUCCGUCUGCGCGAUCUCGCCACCCCGGAACCCGAGAGCGAGUUUGACACUGAGAAUUAUGUGCUCAAGAUCAAGGGCGAGGGCAUUGACCGAAGUGUUGAGCUGUUCGAAAAGGUCAAGGUUAGAAUCUCGGACGAGGCUGAGGAGAGCACUGGAAAGAGAAAGGUCAAGCUGUCACUCUUG